UGCUCUGGCGAGCACUUCCUGUUUAGUUUCUUACGCGGAGAAGUGGUUGUUUUUAUGCAGGGGGGGGACGUGUAAUCAUUUCACUGGUAGCCUCAUUAUUCGACCGCGUGUUUCCAGAAAAUGUCCGAUACUCUACUGUUGUCUGUUUUUCGGUAAUAGCUCUCAGCUCUGUUCUUCAGCUGUCGGGUUAGUCAUGGAACCCUUGGCCAUGGAAGAUGAUAUUUGCAUCCUGAAGCAUGAGACAGCCUACUUAGCUACAGAGAGCCCUGUGUCUGUGCGUUCAGAAGAUGAGUUGGUGGCCUCACACUUUGCCCUGGUCACUGCCUACGAAGACAUCAAAAAACGGCUGAGAGAUGCAGAGAGGGAGAACACAGUGCUCCGCAAACGGGUUAAGCAGCUUGAGGACAAGCUGUACAAGCCAGAGGAAACAUCCUCAGACGGACAGAAGUAUGUUAAUAAGGCCUUCAGUGCUUAUCGGGGUAUCUACAUUGAGAAGAAGGACCUGCAGAUGGAGCUUAACAAAGUGAAAAAAGAGAAGAGUGAGUUGGAGAAGAACCUGACUGAACAGAUUCAUGCAAAAGAACUGGAGCUGCUUCAAUUGAAGACUGAGAUGGAGACCAGCCAAGUGAUGAGAAGCUUGAGCACCAAGCAAGAGAGCUGUGAAGUAGGGAAGGUGAACAAUGAACUGGAGAACAUGAGAUUACUGAGUAAAAACAUGCAAGGACAAUGCCAGGAACAACAAGAAAACAGCAUGCAGGGGAGCAGUCAGGAACAGGAAGCAGACUUCAACACAGGAGGGGUCAAGCUCCUGCAGUCAUAUGCGGAACUGUGCAGAACUAUGUCUUGCUUGCACGUGGAAGCCCAGCUUCAGACAGAGGUGAUGAAGAAGCUGAGGGACAAAUCGAGCAGCGCACACAGGAAAGGUAUCCCCACCAUUCCUGUGCAGUGCCUGGAUGAUGUGGAGAGGAACAACAGAAGAGUAAACUUGAUGGCAGCCCGGCCCCCUAGUGCUCCACCAGUCCCAUCAAGUAUGGGCCGGCCUUCUCCGCCCUUGGGCCCCUUGAUGCUGGAGGGGCUAAAGGAGGACUGCCGGCAGGGGCCGUGGAGCAGCUCCCGCCCUCCUCCUGUGGGAAGCUGUGCCGUUCAACUGCCACAGCCCCCCUGGCAUCGCAGCUCUCUGGAUGAGAGUUCAUGGUCUUUUCCCAUGCCUCCCAAACCCAGUGAGUCCCAAUUUUGGGAGAACAGCACGACCACUGCUGGUGCUGAACCGAAGAGCCCCAAUGGCAACUGGAACAAGCCGUACUGAGCAAUAAUUCAGCGUGACACACAACUCCGCCUUACGUUCACCAUUGACUCCCUGACCUCUUCAGACCCUGAGAGUUGUCCUCGGAAGGCCUCUAUCCAUUGUGUUAGGUCUGUUUCAGUCUUGGAGGAUCUGCAGAGACUCCAUGACUGUAGAUCAGCUGGGUAAUUUUCCAGAUCAUAUAAUGAAAGUGGGACAGACUGCAGAAAGAGACCCAAGUGUUUGAAAACCAAAAGCAGAAAAUGCCAGCCUUUGAUGACUCAUGUCUCUGCCUGCUGCCUAUUUAAUUCAGCGUGUUUUUUGGUAAACUUGUUUCAGAUUGAGAGCAAUCAGAGAGAAGGGUGGGGUCAAGCAGUUAAAGUCCUUGUGGUCAUGUGAGUGGAAGCUGUGAAAACAUCUAAAUGAAACUGUGUGUGUGUGCGCGUUUGUUUCAUUUGAAAUAUUGUAUGUCUGGACAAAUGUAUUGUGAACAUCUGUCUCCACUGACAUCUUUGGUUCAUUUAGCCUCAUUCAGCCAGUGCUAAAUUUUGAGUGACCCUUGCAGUUUGAGGUGAAAUCCCCCAGAACCUGUCAUCUCAUGUUGUCCCUUUGACCCCAGUGAAUUAUUCUCUGUCUACAGUGUAGAAGGGGUAUGUGUUAUACGAAAGGUCGUUUGUGUACAUGGCUACCAUCUGUUUUCUCCACAUGCAUAUAUGCACCUUAGUCAUAUAGAACAACUGUUUUGAAUCCUUUGUUUUUGGCGUUACCAAUAUGCAGCGAUGCUUCUGUAGACCAUGCAGAUUCAGCGGUGCUAAUAGCCUUAAAGUUUUCACAUAAGGAAUGUGAAUGACAAAUCUAUAAAAGUCCUUGUUUGUUAGUAAAAAUCAAUAAUAAAAUCAAUGUAAAUAUCUUUAAAACAGUAACAUAUCCCUGUUCUUCACUUCAGUACCACACAUUUGACAUAUUUGAUUCCUAAGAAUGUUUAUUCAGCAUUUUCCCUCUAAUGUGAUAGUUGCAUUAUUUGCUUCAACUCAGACUGUUUGUGAACAGCAGGCUUCAGGAGGAGCCCCAGAUUCCCAGUGGGAUUCAACCCUGAGCUUUGCCUGGACCAUUCCAGACUAUUCACUUUGUUUCUAAGUCAUUACUUUUUGUGUGUGUGUCUUGGUUCCAGUUGGAGCUAAAUGCAGAUCCCUUUAAUGAUUAGAACUGUGUUUUCCUACAGGUUGUCUCUGUAUUUUCUCUUGUUCAUUUUAAUGACAAAAGCUUGUACAUUAUCACCAUGGACUUUUGUCUUCCGCGGAAGGUUCAAAUCUUUGUCCAUCUUAUUAUAAAUCUCUAAAACUCAGCACUACCUAGCAGUUUCAUUUUGGAGUACUCCAAAUAACUAGUUUUUACUUGAAACAAAGUAUUACUAAAAAAUUUUGAGGCAUUCUCUCUUGGGUGAGAGACCUAAGUCGCUGGAAAGUUUUUCAGUGAGGCUUUCAUGUGGACCACAAGUAAAGCAAACUUACACCAGUUUUUUUUCCACAAACAUACAAAGACAAUUUUUUCUUAUAUAGUGCUCUAUCCUCCAUCUAUUCACAAGGUUCCAGAUAAAUGAUGAAUCGUUACAUAUGUUUGCAAGAGACGUAUGUUAAUAUGUACCUUUAGGGAGACUGUCAUCCAAUAUGUAAAUCAGACUGAUCUAGGCCAGCUGGCUGCCCACCCUGGAAACUGUCUACUUACAAUGACCUAGAGUAUGUAAUUCCCUAUGAAUAAAAGAAAUAAUCAUAUAUUUCGUUGUACUUUUUGAUGAUGAAGUGAUGUGUUCAGCUGGCAGUGGAGGAAAGGAAAAUGAAAAUUCCACACUGACGUAAAACUGGAGAGAAAUGACACCUCUGGGGGGCCAUGGUUAACCAGCACAUUAAUUGACGUAUUCCAGCUGGGCAUCCACCCCCCCAGGCAUCAGUCUGCUUCGAACAGCUUAAGAGUAAUUGUCCAGAGCUGAUUCCAUCUUCUCUGGUGACCUCAUGUUGUUACUGGAGGUUCUGAAAGUCUAAACGGGUCAGUUUUCUGACACUUGGAGCAUUCAGCCAUUGUACCUUGGUGGUGGCCCUAAUGGGUACCCUGAGAAGAUAAGGCAAAAAGAAAAGGCAGCUACCACCAACAUGACAGUAGAUACAGGUCUAUUGCAGCAGUGACUGACAAAGGUGAGUAAUCCGUACAGCACAGAGGUGUGUACUGUUAUGAGUCAUACGAAGAGUGGUACAAUGGUUUUUGCUGCCAUUUAAGGAGUUUGAGGUCCAGGAAAGGUGUGUCUUGCACUGCUUCCAGUGUGAAGGUCCUUAAUUUUCCCUGCCCCAAUUUAUUUAGCUUAAUUUUACCAGUGAAAUUCUGUAAAAUUUACAUUAUUAUGUCCAUAAAGAUCUUGGCAAUAUGGUAACAGAAUGCUGGCAUAGAUGAGUUGUGGUACCACCUCCCAGAAUUCAGUGAUAUUAACUGGUAGAACUGGUAAGGUUCUGGUGAGCACAAGUGGUUAUCAUCAGUUGCUGUCACUCCAUUGACAAGGUCAUUUCUUGUAUCUUUGUGUCAAACGAAGCGUCUUCAUUUUUACCUUCAUAUGUUUGUGUCACUGUGCCCCCAGUGUGUGUCACCUUGGUUAUGGUUGUAACAGUACAGCUACCUCUUAACCGCUAUUGUGGUUAUUUAUAACAGGAAUCCAAGCAGGUUUAAAGCACAGCCUGGCCUCCAAAAAGAACUAAGUUAUUGUGUCAUUUGGGUUUCUGAUCAGAAAGCUGAGAAAUGCAUGGUCUAUCUGAUAGUUUAGUUUCCCAAAAUUUUGUUGUUUCUCUCUUAGAGUGUCUUCUUGGUUGUUCUUGAUGGACCUGUGUGUGUGUGUGUGUUUUUUUUUGUGUAAUCUUUAUGAUUAUUUUAACAUGCCUUUUGUAAUAUGAAGUAAAACGUGCUCUGAAAAGGUAGAUUUUUCUCUCAUGUAUUUUCCCAUGUAUAUCUCUUGUGGAUUUUUCUAAGUAGCCUUUCUUGUAUAAUUGUUUUUGUAAUUUCCAGCAGUCAAGUACACUGUUCUGCAGGAAAGUAAUCUGACUACCAAAAAUGCAAUAUACAGCACAUAUGGACUAUAUUUUAAGAUUACAUGACAAGCAAUUUUUUUUGCUGUUUAUUUUUUAAACAAAUAAAAGAAUGCGAGGG